AAGUAAAUCAAAAAGGUUAUUGACAACAAAAAAAACAGUAACAUCAUCCUCACACACCAAUCACACAAAUAACGUAAUUCUUUAUCUGAUAUCCCACUUUUAAAAGAAACUUUUUUUCUGCCAAACAUUUCAAGACAAAAGAGACGACCGCCGUCGCCGGGAAGUGACGUCACCAAAAAAUGGGUGCCACAGAGCCCGAGGUGGAGAGAGAAAGCAAAGGAGAGACGUUAAAGAUAGAGAAGGAAGAAACAGAGAAGAAGCAAAGAAGAGGAGGAGGAGUAAAGGAUAUGGAAGAGGAGGAAGGAGAAGAGUCCAAGGAUAAAGAUGAAAUUAGUCACCAUAGAUUUUUAGCGAGCUUGAACAGAUUAAACCCAACUAACCCUCUUAGGAUCAUUGUUAAUGGCGGUGGUGGUUCUAGAUUCACUACGCCUACGCCUCCUCCGCCUACCAAUCUCGCACAACCACUCCGAUCUUCCUUAAGACAGCCACAUCCUCCGCCGCCACCACGGCCGCAGACGCCUCCUACCUUCGUGCCAGAAGAGCCUCAAUCUCAGACUCCUCCGCCUCCUUCUGAACAUCAAACUCGUUCCAUCUUCACACCAACCUCUCAACCAACGUUGGCAUCACUGAAUUCAACAAAGUACACAAACAAGUUCUUUCUGCUGCUCUUCAUAUUUCACAAGGUUGUUGCUAUUGGGUUUGUGUGCUUCCUUGUCUUCAGAGGCGUCCAAGGUCUAAUUGGAUCCAAUGGUCGUGUCAAAAGGAAAGAGCAAAAGAUCCUCAGAUUUCUACUUCCACAAGUCGAAGCUGCGUCACUCUUGAGCAUCAUUCUCGCAUUCGUUUGGCAAAUGGCUUUUCGGAUUUGGCCUGAGUUCAUGAUUCACUUCAUACUUUGGAGUACCUUUUUGAUGUCUUUAUCCUCAGGGAUUCUCUUACUGUGUUUUCAGAUGCCAGCCACUGAUGCUGUUGGGGUUUGCCUCAUUGCAUUCUCCAUUGGCUAUGGUUUGUAUGCUUGUUGGGUCACUCGCAGAAUCAAAUUCUGUUCCAAGAUUUUGGUCAAGUCGUUAGAACCUGUUUCCAAGUUCUCGGAUUUGAAUUUACCUACCUACUACAUGCUAGCUGCUGGUUUCAUCUGGAUGUCUCUUUGGAUUUUUGGUGUCAUUGGUGCUUUGAACUUCUACUUCCCACCACUUGUGAUUAUUGGCUUGGUGUUAAGCCUUGCUUGGACGACUGAAGUGAUGAGGAAUGUUGUUAAUCUAACUGUGAGUAGGGUCAUUGCUUUGUACUAUCUUAGAGGAAUGCAGUCUAGUACUCGGUUUAGUUUCCAAAGGGCCUUGUCUCGUAACCUUGGGAGUGCGUGUUUAGGAUCUUUGUUUGUUCCAACGAUAGAAGCCUUAAGAAUCUUGGCAAGAGGGUUGAAUUUACUCAAGGGUGAAGAUGAGUUCAUGUUUUGUUGCGCUAAUUGCUGUCUCAGACUCAUGGACUUCAUAUUCGAGCAUGGCAAUGGCUGGGCCUUUGUACAGAUAGCUGCUUAUGGGAAGGGAUUUGUGAGGGCGUCGCAAGACACGUGGAAACUGUUUGAGGAUGUAGAUAUGGUUGAGAUCAUAGAUGCAGACAUAACAAGCUCCAUCUGCUUCCUCACGGGGAUAUGCAGCGGAUGCGUCUGUGUAAUUGUCGUGGCCGCUUGGACUCAUACAGUUUACAAACCUUUUACAGCCACCAUCUCCUUACUUGCCUUCUUCAUUGGAUACCUCAUGACAAGGAUCUCAAUGGCAUUGCCACACGCCUGCGUAGGUUGCUACUACACUUGCUACGCGGAGAAUCCAGAAAACAGAUUCUUCGACAAUAAACCAAUAAAAGAUAGGCAAGCGUUGAUUAAAAAUGGACGUGUUGCUGUCACCACCCCUAGAGUUCGCCGUGCUCUAGCCUAGCUUGAUCAUCAUUUUUUUUUACUUCCUGCCUGAUUUGAUAUGGCUGUAGGUGUUAACAUUAUCAGAAAUCAAUAACUUUAGUUAAAAAUUUGUAUUUAAAUAUGAAAAAUUAAUUUAAUAAGAGAAAGAGUGAAGAAGAGUCCAAUA